AUGGGGAAAGUGACAUGUUUUUCGCUAUAUUUCCAUUCUGAGGCUGAUUCUGAGGUUCGCGUCUGGACAACACGUGAUCAAAUCAAUCAAGCAGAGUUUGCCCUCUCAGUAACAUCCCAGAUUAUAACAUACUUCGAGAGUUAUUACAAAGUAGACUAUCCACUACCUAAACAAGACCUGAUCGCCAUUCCCGACUUCUCGUCCGGUGCUAUGGAGAACUGGGGACUAAUUACAUUCAGAGCGACCAGGUUAUUAUAUCAACCUGGGGUUUCAUCAGAAAGUAAUAAACAAAGUGUUGCCACCAUUAUAUCACAUGAGUUAGCACAUCAGUGGUUUGGUAACCUGGUUACUCCAAAGUGGUGGAACGACCUGUGGUUAAAUGAAGGGUUUGCAAGUUACGUGGAGUACCUGGGCGUGGAUCAUGUCUAUCCAGACUGGGAAAUGAUGGAGCAGUUUUUGCUGCUAGAUCUUCAGCUUGUUUUCCCGCUUGAUUCCCUGGCCACGUCACACCCAAUAUCGGUGGAAGUCGAUCACCCCAAGAAGAUUAAACAGAUAUUUGAUCGUAUAUCUUACAGUAAGGGUUCUUCGAUUAUCAGGAUGUUGUCUGGUUUUCUUGGACAAGAUCAAUUUACGAAGGGAUUACAGUAUUACCUACAAACAUAUGCUUUCAAGGACGCUGAAAUGAAAGACCUUUGGAAUGCACUUGGAUCGGUCAGUAAAACAGACGUCAAGACCGUCAUGGAUACAUGGACGUUACAAAUGGGAUACCCUGUGGUCACAGUCGCAAAGAAAGGAAACAAAGCAACCGUUACACAGAAGCACUUCUUAGCGGAUCCCACAUCUAACGUGACUGAAAAAUCUCCCUUCGAUUACAAAUGGUACGUUCCGUUUACCUUCUUCACCGACAAAGUCAAAUCAACCAUGAUAUGGAUGAAUAAAACAUCAGCGGAAUUUACCUGGCCUGACGGAACUUGGAUCAAAGGAAACUACAAACAGAUAGGAUAUUACAGAGUAAAUUACGACGAAGCAAACUGGCAAAAACUGAGCAAACAGCUACAAGUUAAUCACAAGGUAAGAAAUGACUACUAUAUUAUGCUAUACAAACGUGCAACAUUUCUCAGAGCAGCAUGUGCAAAUGGCGACAAACAGGCCAAUAAAAACGCAACUGAUAUUUUCUUUGAAUGGAAAAAUGGCAAGAGGAAACACAUCGACGUCGACCUGCGAUCGUUGGUCUAUCGAUACGGAAUUGCUAACACCGGUGAAGAGGAAUGGCAAUGGAUGUUCAACAAGUUCCUAAAUACCAGUGAUGURACCGAAAAAAAUACUUUGAUGUCUGCUUUAGGAUCGAGCAACAAACCAUGGAUUCUCAAUAAGUUCCUUGCCAGUUCGCUUGAUCCUAAAUUGAUUCGUGCUCAGGACAUGGUUAGCGUCAUUAGAUAUGUUGCCUACAACCCUGUUGGUAAAUAUCUGGCUUGGAACUUUGCACAAGAACACUGGGGAAUUCUACUGGAUACAUUCGGUACCGUUACCUUCCGUAUGACGAGCCUGAUGAAUGGGAUAACACACGCUUUUAACACUGAAUUUGACCUCAAACAGAUGCAACACUUCUUCGAUACGUCAGAGGCUGGUACUAGUGAAGUGGCUCGAAAGCAGGCUAUUGAAAGAACAAAAACUAAAAUUGCUUGGCUUAAAAACAAUGAAGCUGAAGUCGAAGAAUGGCUGAAGAAAAAUAUCUAAUGGAAGUUGUUGGUAAUCUUGUUAGUACACAGACUUUACGACUUUUAGAAUGAAAGACUUUGCUCACUCUUUUUUAUAAAGUUAGAACCAUGAUUUCGAAAUAAAGUUUUUUAACGCAUGAUUGUAGUGUGCAGAACGGGUCAUGCAGGUAGAGCAUUUGUGAUAUACUUGGAGUCGGACUCGGCAACAAACUGUGUUAUUGCCGCAAAACUGGAAGCAAAGACUGGUCCGAUUGACAGUGAUUUGUUUUCAAAAGUAUUUCGACCAUGGCCCUCUUUAGCUUGGCAAUCUAAAAUUGAUUGGUGGUCCCACCCAAAUCUAACAUUCGCUCGUAUGCCCUCAAUCGUUUAGUUUACUGGUCCAUCACUAUCAAAGAUCCCCUGUGUUUCACAGAUCUCAUGUAAGAUGAUCACGUGAUCUCYCUUGUUGCGUGAUUCGUUCAGUAAACGGUGCUUUCUAUAUUUGUCUUGGGUAAUCUCUUUAUAACAAUAAAGGAUAUAUUAUGUAUUCACGU